UGGAGGAAAAGCUUUCGUCUUCUUCGCUAUAAACACAAAUCUGCAGGCCCAAACCAAACAGAAACUAAGAAAACAAAGCCGCAAUAUGAGCCGAGGAAGUGGAGCCGGUUAUGAUCGCCACAUCACCAUCUUCUCUCCGGAGGGUCGUCUCUUCCAAGUGGAAUAUGCUUUCAAGGCUGUAAAGUCCGCUUCCAUCACUUCCAUUGGUGUCCGUGGCAAAGACUCCGUCUGUGUUGUUACGCAGAAGAAAGUCCCGGACAAGCUUUUGGAUCAGACAUCUGUCAGUCAUCUGUUCCCCAUUACCAAGUACCUCGGUUUAGUAGCCACUGGCCUUACAGCUGAUGCAAGGUCCUUGGUCCAACAAGCAAGGAAUGAAGCAGCUGAGUUUCGUUUCAGAUAUGGAUAUGAAAUGCCUGUGGAUGUAUUGGCAAGAUGGAUUGCAGACAAGUCACAAGUUUAUACACAGCAUGCUUAUAUGAGACCUCUUGGUGUCAUCUCUAUGGUCUUGGGCAUUGAUGAAGAGAAAGGACCUCAACUUUACAAGUGUGAUCCAGCUGGACAUUUUUAUGGCCACAAGGCCACAAGUGCUGGACUGAAAGAACAAGAGGCAAUCAAUUUCUUGGAAAAGAAAAUGAAAAAUGAUCCUGCUUUUUCAUAUGAUGAAACAGUGCAGAUUGCUAUCUCUGCUCUGCAAUCUGUUCUCCAAGAAGAUUUCAAGGCUACUGAGAUUGAGGUUGGAGUUGUGAGAUCAGAUGAUCGAGUUUUCCGGACAUUGUCAACUGAAGAAAUCGAAGAACACCUAACUGCCAUUAGUGAACGUGAUUAGGUAAAAUGGAAUAGCUGUUGCUCAAAGAAAAUUUCUGCUAGCAUUUGAUUUCACUUUGUUGACUUGUGCUACCUGGAAAUCUGUUGUUGAAGUUGUGCUGUUUCAGACUAAUGCUAUUUCAUGUAACUGUGUUGAACAUUCGGAAUUAUUUAGUCAUGUUACAACCGUUCCAA